CUGCUUGCUUUUAUUGAACGUUAAGGACUAAAAUAGAAAUGUAACAUUAUGCUGAAGUUAUUGAAGAUAAAUUUAAAGUUCAGAAAGUUAAACUGAGGCUAACAGACGGGGUUAGCAUCGUUAGCUGUUCGUGUUAGCUUUAGUUCAGGGGCCCUGUGUGUUUAAAGCUCUUUCUAGUUUAUUUAUAAGCUCGGCUGAGGCAACGCAGCGAUAUGGACAAAGUGCGGAGGAUCCUGGUUCAUGUUUGUAAAGACCGAGCGGCUCCACAGCGAGCCCACUUCAUCCAGAGUUUAACGGGUCAUUUCAGUGAUGGCGGUGAUGAUGAGGUGGAGGUUACCUACUCGCUGGAGAAAAACCAGUUCCUCCUGAGCAGAGGAGAGACGGGACGCCGGGUCCCUCUGAAGAGGCCCGCCUUCUGUCCCAUCAAGCACCUGUCAGCCAAAGAGGCCACUGCAAUCCCAUUGGACAUCCAGGAGCGUGGCGUAGAUGUGGGCGUGGCAAUCCUCCUUCAGACAACCAAUCAGAGAGUGUUACUAACACGGCGAGCGAAUGAGCUUCGGAUAUUUCCCAACGUUUGGGUUCCACCAGGCGGCCAUGUCGAGCCAGAUGAGACGCUGCUGGAUGCCGGCCUCCGGGAGUUACAGGAAGAAACAGGACUCAAACUGGAACCAGAGGAAGUUUCUCCAAAGAUACUGGGGCUGUGGGAGUCGGUGUAUCCUCCCAUGCUGUCCAGAGGACUUCCUCAGAGACAUCACAUUGUCAUCUACAUGCUGCUGCACUCUUCCCUCUCUCACCUGCAGCUACAGGCGAGUCUGAGCCCAUCUCCUGCAGAGGUCAGCGCCUGUCUCUGGGCCGAUGAUCAGCUGGUCAGAGCCAUUGUGUCCGCUGUGGAUGGAGAGGAUGCAGAGGUUCCUGUGGACCACCUACCAAGCAGUGUCAGUGUGUCUCAGGUUUCAUCAGACGGCGUUCUGUGCGACUCCUCCCUCCCUCUGACUGUGUUCAUCAGCCGGGCACCGUCCAGCGGCCCUGACUUGGAACGAGUCAGCACCGGGACCAAGUACGCCCUGGAGCUAUGGCUGAAGAGCCUGGAGACCCCUGACCUCUGACCCCUCCUCGUCCUGCAGGCAUCAGAGAUUAAUUUCAUGUUUAAUUCUGCCUUAUUUUUUAAUAAAACUCUGAAACUGAA